AAAACGGUGAGAGAUUGAAAACGAGGAAACGUUCAGGUUGGAAAUCAGCCUGCAGGUUCACUGGAACAUGGAGGAAAGCCUGAAGAGAGCCUUACAUUCCGAUGACAAAGAGACGUUGAGGGCAAGGCUCGUUUUAUUACAAAGAAAGUACAACAGAACUGUUAAACGACUGAAGCAUGCAGAGCGAGCUGAGGUUGUGCGGAAACAUGUAAGGAGCAAGAUUGCAGCACGUAAUUCCCUGCAACAAGAGGAACAGACUACUUUCUUUUCUUCCAGUUCAUCUGAGGACCAAACUUUAAAUUCAACUAACCAGAGUGACUCUGAAGUUUGUCAUAAAGGCACUGCUGUCCGGUUUAGUCUGCCUUCUGGUAUCCUGAGCUCUGGUACCAGCAAUGGGCUUUCUAGGAGCAUUUCUAGCCCCAGCUGGCUCUGUGACAACACUCUGUCUGGUAGCCUCACAGGCCAGAGUGGAAACCCGGUUCCUAGUGAGGGUCAGAGGCGCCAUUCUGCCCACCGUCUGCGAUCACGGAGGAGCUGGCAACGAUGGGAGCAGAGGGAAAGGACAGAUUCCCAAAGGAGUGACAAUGGACAGGACCCAGUUGGGCAGUGGGAAGUGGGGAGAGUUGCCUCUUCAGCAUUCCAGGUUAGUCCUGGGGUGUGUCAGGCUGAGGGCCUCACCUGUAACACAAAAGAAGUCUGUUCUGAUACUAGCCUGGGGAAAGAAGACAAGAGCCUGGUAAUUGCACUGGACAAAUCAUCUACCGCAUCACCCUCCACAGAUAAGGAACUGGUAGACAACCAUGGCAAAGGGAGGUGUAACUCCUUUGCAGAUCUGCAAGUAGUAGAGCCUCCACUGCUCUCUGAAAGGCCAGAUAUUAUUAAGAGCAGCUCAGAACAACAGCCCACAUUAUCUCUAUCCAGGCUGGCAGGAGGAAAUUUGGGCCCAUUAGAUGAUUGUGUCUCACCAGAGGGGGAUGGCUUUGGUAAGGAGACUCAAGCACAGAAUGGAAGCCUUCCUCAACCAUGUUCCGAUUCCACAGAAGCAGGUUGCCUGAGUUCCUGUACUGUGGUUGAAGGGCUUCUCUUCCCAGUGGAGUACUACAUCAGGACCACCAGGAGGAUGGCAGCUGCCCAAAGUCGAGUGGACCUGGAGGCUGUUAUUCAGAGCCAGCUGAGUAAUGGGAGGAGGGGGAAGGGACAACGGAACAGGCCAGGUGGUAGCCUGUCCCGCAGAAGCCAAAGCUCAGACACUGCCUCGCUGUCCCAAAUGCUUCUCACCAAAAGUGAUGAAAGCCAUGCACCUCCCAAGCCUAAGAGCUCCCAGACUGAGUGGUCUUCUACUACAAGACGAAGAGGGAGAGGCAGAGGAAGAGGGAGGGGGAGAGGCAGAGGCAGAGGUCAGAGACAAGGGAGGGGCCUUUAUGUUCAGUCUUCCCCCAGCGUUGACUCUGUAGCAUCAGAACCUUUGAAGGCUGAUGCUAGUCCACUCUCUAACACAGAAUCCUUUGCUGUGACCCCUGAGAAGGAACUGUACCCAAUCUUUUGCUCAGAUAAAGAGAUGAUCAAAAGUUGUACUGUUGUCCAUUGCAGCAACAGCAACUCACAGGGUGGUAAAAAAGAUGAGCUUCAAGCUGGAAACUGCUCCUCUACAAGGUCAAACACUUGUGAAUCCCUCUUUCUCCAGCCUUCAGGGCAUACACUCUUGUUCUCACAGGUCUUCACUGUCAAAAGAAGGGACUUUGGGCUCAGUUCCCUUCUUUCGCUGCUUGACAUCAAAGACUUCCACCUUCCCGAUGAUGAGUUUGGGAGGCUUAAACUGGACAAACUCCGGUCCUCAGCCACAAUGGGUUUAGAAGCCUUUGAACCUCAUCGAUCCUCAUAUAUCACCCGUUGGAGGGCAUCAAGGGCAACUUUAGACUUGAAAAGCUCUCAGGAGGCAGUCAGGAGCCUGUCUUCCACAGACUGUCAGCCAUUUGUUCCUGUGACAUCCACUAAGGAAACAACUGGUCUUCUUAAUGAUGCUAGCUUGGUAAACAAGACCACACAUGUGAGACAGACAGCAGCCAUGGACAACUGGAAGGCUGUGCUUCCAGAUGGAGGAAAUGACACCUACAGCCUCUCUCAGGAAAAAGCAAGUAAAGCAGAGUCAGCAACGAACUCUUCUCCCAGAGUGCCACCGAACCCAAAUUCAAGUGAGCUGGGUCUUGUUGAGGACAGAAUGCACUCCCAGGGUAUGGAAAUAGAUGGAGGGAACAUCAGGGAGACUACAGACCGUGCACUAAUGGACAUGGGAGCAGAAUCCAGUCCAAGAAGGAGACAUUCAGUUGUGGCUACGAUGGCAACAUCUCCUCAUGUGCUCAAUUUCAGCCCAGUUCCAACUUUGCCAUGUCAAAAAAAUGAUGACUCAACUCUGCCCCUUUGGGGAAGUCCUACUUUUCCCUCUUUGGGAGUAACCCCUGCUUUCCCUCUUCAUCCGAGCCUCCCAUUGCAGAACUGCUCCCCUUCUGCCUCUCCUAAAGCGCCAAGUCAACUCCCCCAGUCAACAACGCCGUCAGCUGCACAUGGUACAAAAACGCAGAUUGCUGUCACAGAGAAGCCAGUUGGAGACUUGUCACCCUCCGUUCCUUGCCAUACAUCAUUCAUGAAAAUCCAAGAUGAAUUCCACAAAGCCACAUCUGUUGAGUUGGAAGAGACAGAAUUUAACAUGUCCAUAUCAUCUACAGAGGGGUAUCUAUCAAUAACAAAAGGCAAUUUACACACUUCACUGGAACCUUCAGACUCACUUUCUGCUUCCAUCUUUGACGGUCUUAAUUGUCAGCUACCUUCUCCAACAUUUUCAUCACAUUCAGAGCAUCCUCUCAUCAAAGUACCUGCCCAGGGCUGCAGUGCAACCCCAUGCCGGCUGCAAGAAAAGGUGGGAGAGAGAGGUCAACUCUGUCAAUCUCCAAGGUCAGAGCCUACAUCACUUCCAUUACUUAAUUUCUCCCAAAUUCAGGAGAAUAUUGACUCUGUAAAACACAACCUGACUGCCUUCGUUUCCCCACCUCACACAUCAGUGAAAAACUUUGCUGAUGCUGAGGAGAACCCCCCCGGCUCUCUAGAGAAGAACAGUGAAACUGCUUGUGGUCUGAAUGUACCCAGCAUUGAACCACAAAAAGAUGAGACUUUUGUUGAGGAUAGUAUUGCUUCUCCGGACUGCCACUUUGCUAGUGGACCAGACGGUGGGGAGAGAGACCUGGACUGUUACUUUACAGACUCGACAUGUCCACCGGGGACCGAGAUGAUGCCUCCUCGCAGACAGUCCUCACCAUGUCAGGACUUCGCUGUGAUACCAUUGGAGAUGCAUGCUGAGCGGUCCCCUGAGGUACCAGCAGAGAAUCCUGCUGAGAUCCUACAGCUUGAGAACAGUCUGAAGGCCCCUGCAAGCCAGUCUCUGGUGGACGUGUGUGCUGUGCCUGUGGAGAAAGGGUGGCGUGUCAUCACAGCAGGGGAGUGGAAAAUCUCUCUGUGGCAAGAGAGCUCUUCUCAGCACUGGAGCCUGCUGCACACGUGGACCUUUACAGAGCAUCCAGUGAAUGCUUUGCUCCCUGUGCCAGAUGCCCCGAGUCUAGCGUGUGUUGUUUUUGGUCAACCGGAGAUCAGAGAAGCCAGGGUUCUGUCAUUCGUCAGUGCCGAAGGCCCCUUUUCUCAGUUGGUGCUGUGUUCUGGCGAGGUGCAGGCAGUGCUGGGGGUGUCUGACAGCAGGCUGGCCAGUUGCACCACUUCUGGUUGUACGCAGAGUGUGAAUGUUUCCCGCCUGACAGGAGAUGGAAGGCUGGAGCACUCGGUGUCCCUGAUCUCUCCCAGGCACUGUGUGCAGGCUCUGGCUCUUGUAGAAGGACAGGGAGAUGCUCUUAUAGGAUUGACAGACUCCAGCCACCUUGUUAUCUGGAACACGAGGACCGGACACCUGCUGCAGACAUGUGCUCUGGCUGAGAGCUUCCCAGGGACCGUGUGCCUAAGAGGAUACACACUGGGUGGUGUGUUGUUUGUCCUGCUCCAGCAUAAGCUCCUCAGCCAGGAGGACGGGCCACUCUUUUCUCUGAUCGCAGUAAACCCAGUCACUGGCAGGCACAUCCUGGUUAAGAGUCUCUCUCAACCAGCGCAGCACUCGGGAAGGUUUUUGGAAGGUGAUGCCUGGGGUUCAUCUGUGGUGGCGGCCUUUCAGUCUGGGGCGGUGACUGUUUGGGAUCUUAAGGACAGUAGCCUUGUUGCCCAGCUGGCCCUCAGGGCUGCAGAGCAGUGCCAUAUUGUGCGUUGGGCAGGCCCUCGCACCCUCCUGACCGGGCACCUCAGUGGAGACGUCUCUGUGUACCAUUACAGGGGGACUGCAUGCUCCUAACACUAGAAAGCUGGACUGAACUUCUCAAAAACAACUGAAAGGAAAAAAUGUGCAGUCACAAAUGCUGACAUUUUCUCUUAUAGCUGUUCUUGCUGUGUAAUUUAAAGAGUUACAAGGUCCAGAUCAGAAGACAUCUGUACUUUCCGAUGUUCUUCUGCGGCAAACGAAAGAGCCACAGCCUGAAACAUCAAAUGAAUAUUCCAUUUUCAAAGUGUUUUGUCACAUAAAAUAUAAAAAUGUGUGGACUUGAAAAAGAUUUUCUGUGGUCCGUUAAGUCAGGCUGACGUUAAAUAUUCAUUCCAAAAAAAAUAUAUAAGUAGUUAUAUACCUCAACCCUGUUUCUUGUCCAUGGUUAAA